AUGGAAACGCACAAUUCAUAUCUUGCUGUUCUUUCCAUUGUGAUUUUGCAUUUGGGUCUUUCUGCAGAAUCAAUUCCUGUACCAAAGCAAGUCUACCAGGCCACAAUCACAGGCCUUGUGGCUGCUGGAGAUGAUAACAUAAUAUUGAAUCCUAGAUUUGAGGAUGGCCUUAACAAUUGGUCUGGCAAAGGAUGCAAGAUUGAACUACACGAAUCCAUGGAAGAUGGAAAAGUCUUUCCACAAUCAAGGAAGUUCUUUGCUUCUGCAACGAAUAGGACAGAAAAUUGGAAUGGAAUUGAGCAGGAAAUCACUGGAAGAGUGCAACGAAAAGUUGCAUAUGAGGUUACUGCAGUGGUUCGAAUAUACGGUGACAAUGUCACUAGUGCUGGUGUACAAAUCACAUUGUGGGUUCAAGAACCUGAUUCUCGUGAGCAGUAUAUUGCCAUCUCCAAGUCAGAGACAACAGAUAAAGAUUGGGUACAGUUGCAGGGGGAGUUCCUUCUUAAUGGUUUCCCUUCAAGAUCAGUAAUAUAUCUAGAAGGCCCACCUCCCGGCACUGAUAUUCUUGUUAACAGUUUGGUAGUGAAGCGUGCCAACAAAAUUCCUGCUUCAGCUCGACCAUUUUCCAAGAAUGCUACUUUUGGAGUGAAUAUAAUCGAGAACGGCAAUCUUGAUGAUGGCACCAUGGGUUGGUUUCCUCUCGGUAACUGUGCCUUGAGUGUUGGAACUGGUUCACCGCAUGUGCUCCCUCCAAUGGCAAGAGAUUCUCUUGGACCUUAUGAGUCUCUAAGUGGCCGCUACAUCAUAGUAACUAAUCGGUUAGAUUCUUGGAUGGGUCCUGCGCAAAUGAUUACUGAUAAACUGAAACUCUAUUUGACAUAUCAAGUGUCUGCUUGGGUUCGAAUUGGUCCUGGAGCAACUGGUUCUGAACUUGUUAAUGUUGCCCUUGAUGUGGAUGGCCAGUGGAUCAAUGGGGGUGAAAUUGAGUUUAAUGAUGAUCAGUGGCAUGAAAUUGGCGGGUCCUUCAGAAUUGAGAAGCAACCAUCUUAUGUUAUGGUUUAUGUCCAAGGUCCUGCUUCUGAUGUUGACUUAAUGGUUUCUGGUCUUCAAAUUUUCCCUGUAAACCGGCAAGCAAGGUUUAAGCACCUAAAGAAGCAAACAGAUAAGAUACGUAAGCGUGAUAUCAUCCUAAAAUUCUCAAGAUCGGGAAUUAGCAAUAUAGUUGGUAACUCUAUUAAAGUCAGGCAGAUAAAAAAUAGUUUUCCUUUGGGGUCAUGUGUAACCAGAACAAGCAUGGACAAUGACAAGUUUGUUAAAUUUCUGGUAAAGAAUUUUAACUGGGCUGUGUUUGAAAAUGAACUAAAGUGGUCCUGGACAGAACCACAAGAAGGUAAAUUCAACUACAGGGAUGCUGAUGAGUUGUUGGACUUGUGCAAGAGCUACAACAUGGAAGUCCGAGGUCACUGCAUAUUCUGGGAAAUGGAGUAUGCGAUCCAGUCAUGGGUUCGUUCCUUGAAUGCAAGUAGCUUGAUGACUGCCGUUCAGAACCGUCUAACAGGUCUUCUCACACGCUACAAGGGAAAGUUCAGGCACUAUGAUGUGAACAAUGAAAUGCUGCAUGGGUCUUUCUAUCCAGAUCGACUGGGAAAAGAUAUCCGAGCCAACAUGUUCAAAACUGCCCAUGAACUAGACCCAUUUGCCACCCUCUUUGUGAAUGAUUAUCACAUUGAGGACGCAAGCGACAUCAGAUCAACACCAGAAAAAUACAAACAGCAAAUCCUUGACCUCCAGGAACAAGGUGCACCGGUGGGAGGAAUUGGCAUCCAAGGUCAUAUUGAUGUUCCAGUUGGGCCCGUUGUUUGUUCUGCUCUGGAUAAAUUGGGCACUCUAGGCAUUCCAGUCUGGUUUACAGAACUCGAUGUGUCUUCUUCUAAUGAGUAUGUCAGAGCAGAUGAUUUGGAAGUAGUGCUCCGUGAAGCUUUUGCACAUCCUGCAGUUGAAGGUGUGAUUCUUUGGGGAUUUUGGGAGUUGUACAUGUCCAGGAAAAAUGCGCACUUAGUGAAUGCAGACGGUAAAAUCAAUGCAGCUGGUAAGAGAUUCCUUGCCCUUAAGAAAGAGUGGCAAUCUCAUGCUCGUGGGCGUAUCAAUGAGCUAGGAGAGUUCAGAUUUAGAGGAUUUCACGGGACUUACAAUGUGGAAUUUGUUUCCACUGCAAAGCAAGUUAACAUGACAUUUGUUGUUGACCAGGGUGAGUCGCCAUUGGUUGUGUCCAUUGACUUGUAG